AAAAAAAAUGGCAACAAGAUGGAGAGUAUGGUUCAUUGACCUUAUGGUAUGAAAAGAUAAUUAAGGAGAAUGAUUCAUUAAAUAUUUUAUCAUAUUUUUGUCCUCUGGGUAUAAGAAUUUGGAAGUGUGAGUCAGGUCAUAUCCGAAUUGCUCCAACUCCUAUGACACCAUUAAUUCUAAUUAAUGGAUUAGAAGAUUUCAAUACACCAUUCUUUGAUGAAAAUAAACAUUUGAUUGGACAAAUUUCAGCACUUUUUGCUCAAAAAGAUGGGUUUAUUUUAAGUGAACAUCCAAAUGAGCCUUGUCAGCAUUCACGUGUAAAUAUACAUGAAUGUGAGAAAAGAAAAAUAAAUCAUGAGGAAUUCAUAGUAUCUUGGCCUAAAAUAUUAAUUUUCGAAAUUACCCAAAGAGAUAAUGGUAGUUCUAAUUCAUCAGAGAGUUUGAAUUUUCCUCUUCAUCUAAACUCUGGAUGCUUGAAUUAUAGUUUAUUAGGACGUGUAUAUAGUACUUCUACAAGUGGAAGUCAUUUUUAUAGUAGAUUAAUAAAAAACUUUAAUGAAAAUAUUGGUAUUUACAAAUAUGAUGAUCUUAAUGGUGGGAUUGCGAUUUUAGAAUCAAAUAAUCCAAUUUCACUAGCAGGGGAACAACAAUUAGCAACUUUGGUUGCAUAUAAUCUAGAGGAAGACAAUUUGGAUUAUUUUAAUAGUAAAACAAAUAUUUUAAUAGAUAAAUUAAGAAAUUAUAACAUUGAAAUUCCUAAUAAUAUUACUUCAGGAAUGAAAUUGAUGGAAUUUUUUAUGGAUAAAUCAAAUCAAUAUCACACGAUUUCAAGAGUUGAAGGCCCAAAUACUAGUGAUAAAAGAACUAAUAAAAAAGAAUGUGAUAAAGAUCUCCGAAGUAGCAAAAGAACUAAAACCAAAAAAACUUUUCCUGAUUAUGUUAUUUAUUAA